UACACAGUUAAACCUUGGAAGUGCUUCAGUAACGAUUCUUAUUUCUGAUUAAUCUGUGUUUUAUCGAUCGUGAACAUGGGUAAAGCCGAUUUCCUCAGUCCUAAAGCGAUCGGUAACAGGAUUAAAGCGAAGGGACUGCAGAAGCUGAGAUGGUAUUGUCAGAUGUGUCAGAAACAGUGCAGAGAUGAAAAUGGGUUCAAAUGUCACUGUAUGUCCGAGUCUCAUCAGAGACAGUUGCUGCUGGCCUCCGAGAAUCCCAACCAGUUCAUGGACUACUUCUCAGAAGAGUUUAAGAACGAGUUCUUAGAGCUCCUCAGAAGACGUUUCGGGACAAAGCGAGUUCACAAUAACAUCAUCUAUAACGAGUACAUCAGUAACCGGGAGCACGUUCACAUGAACUCCACACAGUGGGAGACGCUCACAGAAUUCACUAAGUGGCUGGGCAGAGAAGGUAUGUGUAAAGUAGACGAGACCCCCAAAGGCUGGUACGUUCAGUACAUCGACCGUGAUCCGGAAACCAUCCGCAGGCAGGACGAGCUGGAGAGGAAGAAGAAGCAGGAUCUCGACGACGAGGAGCGCAGCGCCAAGUUCAUCGAAGAGCAAGUGCGCCGAGGUCGAGAGAGCAAAGAGCCCGAGGAGGAGCCGGUGUUUACUGAGCUGAAGAGGGAGAGCGAGGAAGAGAAGGUUGCUUUCAACCUGGCCGGGAGCUCAUCCGUAGGCCCGUCUAAAUCCAGCUCCACAACACUGAGUUCGAAUGCCUUAAAAGUAGCAGCUUCAGCCAAAAGGAAAGACGUGUCUCACAGCGGCGAAUCCAAAGAGAAGAAGAAGAAAUCUGCCCUCGAUGAGAUUAUUGAAAUGGAGAAGCAGAAGAAGAAAACGACGGUGAAGUCAGAUAACUGGAUACGACCAGACAUCGUGGUCAAGGUGGUCACCAAGAGACUGGGAGAGAAGUACUACAAGAAGAAAGCCAUCAUUCGGGAAGUGCAGGAUAAGUACACAGCGAUAGUAAAAUUGAUGGACUCGGGAGACAAAGUGAAACUGGACCAAAAUCACCUGGAGACGGUGAUCCCAGCAACUGGUAAACGAGUUGUGAUUUUGAACGGACAGUAUCGCGACAUGGAGGCCGUCUUGGAGAGCAUCGACGAGAAGAAAUUCUCCGCGUCGUUGAGAAUAGACACGGGAGCUCUGACCGGGAAGAGAGUGGACGGAAUUCCAUAUGAAGACUUCUCCAAGCAAGCAUGAUGUCCUCUAACGUCCAGCCCGUCUUUCUCCCAGCAGCCUCUACUGUGUCAGAGUGUUUAUAUUUGGGAUGCGUGGACAUUUUUUACUGCUUUUCUACUGAUCACAUGAACUCAUCUGCAUCCAGCUGAACACAAAACUCCUCACACUGUCGGUUUCUGUCAGAUUUUCUUUAU